CAGUUCCGGGAAAAUCCACUGGAACACUUCACAACUGAAAUCGUGAUUAACAGUUAACUGACAUGUCAUGUAAUGAAAUAAAAGCAAAUCUAUUAACGUUUUUGCUCUAUUAAAAAAGUUACGUAUAGAAAUCUUUCUAAGAAAUAGUUGACAAAUAGGUGUCAGUAUGCUGAGACGAUCUAUAGUCGUGCAAAGUCUCAGGAGUAUUAGAGAUAGGUUUUUUGAUACAAGACGACAAAGAAAUGAGAAAAGGGAUGGUCAGGGGUCAAGUAAUGAAGUCACGGGCCCCUCUCUGGAUAACCUGACGGUUGACAUGCAGUUUCUCAUUAUGACCUUCCUGUCUCCGCAAGACCUCUGCAGACUGGGAGGCACCAGUACAUACUGGCAGUCAAUGGUUCGAGACCCUGUCCUGUGGAAGUACUUCCUGUUGCGUGAUAUGCCACUCUGGCAGUCAGUUGACCAUUUAUCAGUGCCUCAGGUCAAGCUCACUGGCUCAGCUGUGCUGGAUGACUCUGAGAUGCAGCUGGAUUAUAUGGCAGAGUAUCUACGUGUUUGUCCGGCCUGUCGAAACCAAUGGCAACACCAACCCAGAGCCUUUGAAUCUGUGACUUCCUUCUUCCAGUCUCUUGUACCGGUUUCAGAGCCACAGUUUGCCAUGUUCGGCCCCGGGCUUGAGCAGUUAGAGAUUUCCCUCAUGAAUACAAUCAUGCAUUCCCCUCGUGUACUGCCUGUAGCAGGACUACCUCAGCGUCAGAUUGAUGGCAUUGGAUCUGGAAUCAGUUUUAAGUACAAAGAUCAGCACAGAUUCAAUAUUGCAACUUUAUAUUCAACUAACAGGACAGAGCGAGAGAGAGCGCGUCUGGAGCACCUCAAUCUGCGCAGCAAACUCUAUGUCUAUGAGGAGGAUAGUGAGUCCAACAUACCCUUAAGCAUUAACUCCAUGUUUAAUCAAGUUUGUCAAGCUGUGAAUGGAUUCGUCUUUGUGGCCAAUGCUGAGACAGAAAGAGGAAUGGACAGAGGGUGGGAGGAGGAAUGUGCCCAGAUCAGGGUUAUGUUAGACCCUGUGGUGGGUGCUGUGUGCCGCCCUAUCCUGGUGCUCUCCUGUGUGUCUAGAGAGACAGCAGACAGACGCAGGAUACCUUGUGUGACCAUUGCCCAUCAGCUUCAGCUCAGCUCACUGCCAAACCCUUGGAUGGUUCAGGAUACGGCUGCAGAAACACUGACGGGACUGCUGGAUGGUAUUGAUUGGCUGCUGAGGCACUCUGGAGUCAGGCUAUAACCAAUAAGAUUGUAAUGAAGCUACUGGAUGUAUCAAGUCACAAGUCACACCAUUAUAGGUCACACAAUAGUGGUGUGCUGAUUUUACAUUGCCCUUUUCAACAGUUGACCUGUUAUUGUUUUGUCUAAAUGUUGUCCUUUAAUUGACUUUUUGAAUUUUUUAAAAGUGGAAUAGCAUUUUUCAUAUAUAUAUUUUUUUUUUAAUCAGGGGAAUUAUAUUUAUGUAGCUCUAAAGGCAAUAUCACACAAGCAAGAGUGCUUUUGUACUGAACAUCAACAUGUCUGAGAUUUGACUGUAGGCAGGUAAUAUUAAGAAUCAGAAUAACAAUAUGUUAUGAUUGUGAUACAGUUCAGUUCAAUAAAGAAAAAGUUAAUAUUAAGCAACUUACAUUUUAGACACAAUUUUGCCUUAUAUUCCUCUGCUUUUGCUUUGCAAACAAAUCCAAAGCAGAGCCAACCAUCUCCAAACAAGCUUAAACGAAUCAGGGUUUUUUAAUUAAUUGGUUGUGUGAAUGAUUCAUUGACUCGCAUGUUGUAAUCCCAGUGCUGUUGGACUAAAUAUGAAGAUAUGAAACUAUUUUAGAUGAGUAAUGCAUUUAAAAUAUGUAACCUCAGAAUAAUGAUAGUUCACUUACUUUAACCCUGU